AUGAAUGUCGGGUUCAGUCGUCCCAGGUAUGUGAAGGUCUUCAUCAACCCCAGCAGCCACAGGAAGGAAUCAGUUCACAUCUACAGAGAACACGUGGCUCCUCUCUUCAAGAUGGCCGACGUCCGCACUGACAUCACUGUGACCGAGAGGAAGGGUUACGCUCUCUCAGUGAUGAAGGAAUGCAAGCUGGAUGAAUUUGAUGGCGUGGUGUGUGUUGGAGGGGACGGUUCGGUAGCCGAGCUCUGUCACGCUAUGGUCCUCAGAGCUCAGCUGGAUGCUGGUUCUCCUGAGAAACCAGUGAAACAAGUGCUGCCACUUGGAAUCAUUCCCGCUGGCUCUACAGACGUGGUUUCCUGUUCCGUUCAUGGAGUCAGAGAUCCGGUCACUGCAGCCCUGCACAUCAUCCUGGGUCACAAACAGCAGGUGGACAUGUGCAGCUUCACGUCUCUCGGCCAGUUGGUGUGUUUCGGGUUCUCCGCCAUGUUUGGUUUUGGUGGGCGGAGCUUAGCAAGGGCAGAGAAGAAGAGGUGGAUGCCAUCAGGAAGGCGACGGGAGUACGCUUUGGUGAAGACUCUGGCAAGGCUGAG